GUUAAUGACAAGAGACUUCAACUUAAACCUAAACCCCCUAGCGGAGCAAGCACAACUAGCAAACACAAAUCAACUGCCGUGGAUGCUAAUGAAGAUAAGGUAAAGAAGACAGCAACAUCGAGAAUCAAGACUGUGAAUAGUGCAAGAGCCAACAGCAAGAUCGCAACUCCUAGUAAGACAAGAAAAUCGGUAGAAGAUAAAGAAAAGGCAGCAGCUAUGACGACAAAGAAACAAACAAUACCAAGUCGACUCAUUUCUCCUUCUAAGAAAACAACGACAGCUGUGACAGCAACUGAUACUGCAGGCAAGGAGCUGUCUCCAAAGAAGGCAACAACAACUACUGCUACUACAAAAAGAGCAUCGUUAGUGUCGCGAUUAACAGCUCCAACUGCGGCUAGUGCACUUAAAAAGUCCACGCAUGCAUCUGCAUCAACUGCAGAUGUAAAAGAGAGCAAUCGUGAAGAACAACGUUUAAGAAAACCUAAUGCUGCUGCUAAUGUCAACAACAUUAGCUCAGGUAGUAGAAUUGGCGGACACUUGAAAAAGUUGAGCCCUACGUCCACCUCUACUUUAAAAGAAACUACUACAAACAAAGCUCGAGUUACCGGUACAUCUCGUGCUACGGUUUCGACAAAAUCAGCUCAUCAAGGUCAGGAUAAUGCAGAAACUGAAAAGAACAAUGAAAUCAAAAGUGAGAAAAGCGUGCGCCCUACUUCCAGUAUUCAUGCAACUUCCAAAAAGGUAAAAGUAUUCCGAAAUAUAAAUAUUCUGAGCCAUGCUUUUUCCGUAUUUAUACUCUAGUACAAUGUUAGGCUGGUUCAUCAAUCCCAACCAGACGGUUGAAUACGACAUCAAGUGGAGGGAGUCGAACUGGUAAAACAGCUAGUACGUCCAACACAAGAAAGGCAAUUUUGUCAAAAGGAAAUAGCAAAAGCAAAACUUCCACCACGAUCUCUGAUUCAGGACAGUCAAAACACAACUUGAAUAACAUUAAGAAGAUUGAUAAGGGAAAUGAAGCCUCCACUACUAAUACUACCGAGCAAGCACAAAAGCCGUCUGUUGAUAACACCUCUUCUUCUCCUGCUGCUAGUUCUUCCUCAACAGACUCUCCAUCUUC